AUGCUGCCCUUCAGCACGCUCAUACUCCGCAGCUACUAUCAGGCGAUUGGAUGGAACGAAGACAACUCGUACUCGCAGCUGACGAGGAGCUCGAGCGGUAAUGACUUUCAGCUGCCUCAAUCUCUCAUACUGCAACUGGCAAACUCUCCAACACCCAUCUUCUUCACCUCUUAUGCCCUCGACGCGCUACCGCAGCUCAAUGGGUCCUUGAGCUACAUUACGACUUCAGAAGCGCUUAGAGACAUCGGGCCUUCUCGCAACCUGCCAUUCAAGCAUGUCGUCGACCGAUUCAGGAUAUACCCACUACCACAUAGACCGCCGCCGAAAGAUGAGCUCUGGCUCGGCGGAAGACGGGUCGAAGGAAGGGACUACCUACUCUAUUCCCGCCUCCACUUCCCCUCCCUCCACCUUUCCGGCCUAGCCACCAGCCGCCUCACUCCGACCCUUCAAUUGCACCUAGCCUUCCUCUCACAUCCCCAGCCGCCGUCGGCCCGCCCGUCCUCCCCGUCCGGUCCGUCCCAUUCCCGACAGCCAUCCGAGACUUCCACAGCAACCACCGCGUCGCGUCCGCCUCCACCUGGGAAUAUCAUACUAUCUCUACAACACGACACGGGUCGGCAUGCGUCCGAGUACACUUACAGUGUCCAGGAUGGGAUGUUUGGGUGGAGGGGAUUGUGGAACUUUGGUUGGAAAGGGAUGUCGGAGGGCGUUUCCGGACCGGGAGCGGUGGGGAAGCCAUCUUUGGCGGAAGUGGCGGUUCAGGGGGCCGGGAGGGAGGAUGGAGAGACAAUGGAUGGAGGUCUGAAGGGGCGAUUCUCGGCUGGAGCCGAAGUUUACUUUUCUGCCAUGCAGCGGAGUUUCGGUAUCUCGACCGGACUUCGCUUCUCGACCCUGCCCACCCCUUCCUCCGGAUCCCAUCACCCCCUCAGCCCACCGACUACACUCACCCUCCUCUACAACCCGCUCAUGGGGUUCGUAUCCACUGCCUACUCCGCCCAGAUCUCGCCCACCAUCGCCCUUUCGUCCAGAUAUGGUGUCAAUGUCUAUUCGUACGAGAGCGACCUGAGUAUCGGCGGGGAAUGGUGGAUCGGCCGACGAAGAGGGAAACGAGUCGAAAGCGGCACCACUCCCGGCUUAUCUGCGGCGGUGGACCCGCAACCGAUGGAAUCGACGAGGGAUACGGCGGAAGAUCGGGAUGGAAUACUAAAGGCUAAGAUCUCUGGGAACUGGUCAAUAUCGCUUUUGUACGAGGCGCGUAUCCGGAACUGCCUGGUAUCUAUAGGCGUCAUCUCGGAUCUUGUCAGUCGGCAGAAACCUAUUCGGAGUGUAGGGGUGGAAGUACAGUACUUUUCUUGA